AAGCAUUCCCUUCUCUGCUCUCACUGUCAACAACCUCCUGAAGACAUGCUUACCACAACUGAGAGAGUGGGGAAACAGUUUGAGACCUGGCAUCAUUUAAACCUCCUCCACAGGCAGAAAAACCAGAAGAGAAAAAUGAAGACAGGUCAUUCUGAUAAGGUCGCCAUGCUGCUAGCAGCUGUGAUUCUAAUGGACAUCUUCCAGGUGAAGGCUGAAAUAUUAGACAUGGCAGAUGAUGCAUUUGAUGAUGAAUACCUGAAAUGCAUUGACAAGAUGGAAAUCAAGUAUGUUCCCCAACUGCUCAAGGAGGAAAAAGCAAGCCAUCAGCUCUUGAAGGAUGUGUGGGAAAAUGCAAAAGCCAAAUGGGAAGCCCAGAAGAUGCAGCUCUCUGUCCCUGUAAAUUUUAAGGAUAACCAUGGAAUAGCCCUGAUGGCAUACAUUUCUGAAGCCCAAGCGCAAACUCCCUUCUACCAUAUGUUCAGUGAAGCAGUGAAGGUGGCCGGCCAGUCUCGAAAGGAUUAUAUCUAUGGUUUCCAGUUCAAAGCUCUUCAUUUCUACUUGAGCACAGCCCUGCAGCUGCUGAGAAGACCUUGUGAGGACAGUCACAAGAGUGUGGUAUACAGCCUGAGCCAGGGUGCUUCAUUUCCCUCUGGAGAGCCAGCCCAAGCCCGAUUUGGCCACUUCGCCCUGGCAUAUGCAGUCCAGCCUCAAGCUGCCAGCAACCAAGACAUUCUGUUAACUAUCCACACGUGCUUUGCAGUUGCCAUUGAGAACUUUUUUGAUAAAGAAAGUGAAAGAAUUGUUUUAAUACCUCUAAAUGAGGUUUUUCAUGUGUCACAGGGUGGGACUGGCAACAAUCUUAUCCUUCAGAGCACGAACAAGACCUGCAGUCAUUACGACUGUGCAUUUCUAGGUGGUAAGUGUCUCUGUGCCGUCUGUGCUUAUCUGGAGGGGAGGAGUGGGAUUAUGAGGCCCAGGGAGCGGUCAGGGAAGAACCUCAGAGGUGUUUUUCUAUUCUCACCUUUAGGAGUGAAAAGCCAGGAGUUCACUGUCUUACCCAGUAUAGAGAACCAUGAACCCACUCAAAUACCUGGAAUGAAAAUUCCAGAACCUUUUUCACUACCUGGAAUAAAAAUGUUACAACCGGAAGGAAGACCUGAAUACAAAAGUCAAGAAGAUAUCGAUAAUCCUAGUCCAGGUCCUGUGCCAGUUCCAGGUCCCAAAACCCAUCCCUCUGCAUCCUCUGGCACAAUGCUCCUUCCACUGUUUGGGACAUUUAUCAUUUCAAUUGGUGCUUCUGCUAUUAAUCUCUUUGUGGCUCUGUAACUUGACAGUCUUUAUUACCUGAAAUAUUCUUAUAUGGAUCUCAAAAGGAAUGUUUUUUUCCACUUGUUAGCCAAAAGUCACUUGAUAAAAUGAAAACUGCAUUUUUGUUAUGUACUUUCCAAAUCCAGAAAGUUAAUCUUUUAAUGGAAACACAUGGGUGAAAAGUUGGUCCAGAAAUGUCAUACAUUCAUUUUGCACUCAUUUCUGUAUUCAUCUUAUGAUUGCAAAAAAAAACCCCGCAAAAAAAACCAAACUGUAUAUUUCUGACUGAAUUCAAUUAAACAUUUUAAGAUUAGA